AUGCAACUUACCAUUUCUUUAGACCACUCUGGUGAUAUUAUAUCUGUUGACGUACCUGACUCACUUUGCUUAGAAGAUUUCAAAGCGUACUUGCUGGCAGAAACGGGGUUGGAGGCCAGUGUUCAAGUGUUGAAGUUUAAUGGCAGGGAGUUAGUGGGCAACGCCACGUUGAGUGAAUUACAAAUCCACGACAAUGAUCUUUUACAGUUGUCCAAGAAACAGGUGGCUGAUGACACCCAGAUUAGCGACCGGAUCGAGAUGAUUAGGAACCAGGUUUUGGCGGAUGCCAACGCCAGAGAGCAAGUGAGAUUGACACAGCCCAAUUUAUAUGAUGCGUUGAAUGAUCCUGCUAGGUUUAGGGGCAUUAUGAUGGAACAGGUAUCCCAGUUAUCUCAAUCCUCAAACUCCCAACAGGCUGAGUUGUUGCGUUUACAGCAAGACCCCGAUAACCCAGCCAACCAAAAACGUAUUUUAGAACUCAUUAGAGAGGAAGCAAUUGAGGAGAAUAUGAAUUUGGCAUGGGAGAUUUCGCCCGAGAGUUUUACCAGUGUGAAUAUGCUAUACAUUAAGGUGAAAAUUAAUGGUGUUGAGCAGGUGGCUUUGGUGGAUUCAGGGGCGGCAAUUACCACUAUUAGUGAAGCCAUUGCUGAGGAGGUAGGGCUUACUCGGUUGAUUGAUAGACGGUUCCAGCCGCAGGCUGUUGGUAUUGGGACGCAAACUGUUGCUGGUAAGAUCCACAGUGCUCCCAUUGAGAUUGGCGAUUCCAAAAUCGAGUUGCCGUGUUCCUUCCAUGUGGUGGAAACGAGUGUUGGGAUCUUGUUUGGUUUAGAUAUGUUGAGAAGACACCGGUGUACGAUUGAUUUAGAGAGAGACGUGUUGGUUAUUGGCAAGCACAUUGAAGCCAAGUUUUUGAGUGAAUCGGAAGUGCCAAGAAAGUCUUUGGGCGGGAAUAUAUUUCAAAGAGAGAAUUAG